ACUGGAGAGAGGGAUAAAUAGCAGAAGAAGGGAGGAGAAGAAGGGACACGGGCUUCUGCAACCGAGGAUACCUGCACACAUCAAGAUAACGCGGGAGUUUAAUCUCAAUUAGAUGACAAUCUAAUUAACGGUGCUGCAUGGUGACUGCGCCAAAACGCGCACUCAUUUGGGGAUUUUCUCCUCUCGUACGUCCAACUUUUCUUUUUCUCCGCUUCAUGCACUGACCCUCGCUCGCUGGUUCGUAGUACCGAGGCACUGUGCUCAUCACUUGAAUCUCCUGUGCUGUAAACCGGAUCGGCUGUUUUAUCUGUGAUGGGGGCAGCGACGGAGGUUGGGAGCUUCGUCAACGGAUUUCUGGACAGCUUUGGCACCGCGGGUGCUGCUCCGGCUACCUUUGGCUCUCAUUUCGUUCUCACCCCAGCCGGGGCGGUGGACUACAACUCGGUGACCGGACUGAUGAUGGGGGGACAGGGGCAGCAGCAGGAGCACCUGGUGUCCGCGGAGAGGCUGUCCCGGAGCCUGGCGGACCUCAGCCAUCUGAAGGGGAUUCUGAGGCGGCGACAGCUCUACUGCAGGACCGGCUUCCACCUGGAGAUCCGUUCCGACGGCACCGUGCAGGGCACCAGGAAGGACCACAGCAGAUUCGGUAUUUUGGAGUUCAUCAGUCUAGCUGUGGGACUGGUUAGCAUCAGAGGGGUGGACAGUGGCCUCUACCUCGCCAUGAACAGCAAGGGAGAAUUGUACGGAUCGGAGAAGCUGUCGGCAGAAUCCGUUUUUAGGGAGCAAUUUGAAGAAAACUGGUACAACACCUACUCAUCCAACAUCUACCGGCAUGGAGAAAGAGGUGCAUAUUACUUUGUUGCUCUGAACAAAGAUGGGACAUCCCGUGAUGGAACGAGGUCGAGGCGACAUCAGAAGUUCACUCACUUCCUACCAAGGCCUGUAGACCCAGAUAGAGUACCAGAGCUCUACAGGGACAUACUGGGCCAGAGCUGAGACUGAAGGGACGUUACCAUGACCAUGUCUGACCUGAAAAGCAACCCAAAUGCACCUAAUCCUAACCCCUUCUUGAGGGAGAUGGAAGAUCUUGUUGCUCUGGACAAAACGGGAUCAUAAAAAGUACGCUAAAUCAACACUCUCCACCGAUAGCAUGGAGGAUGGAAAGAGACUCUCUCUGAACCAGACAGUCGGAGAGUUUGACGGAACACCAGGGAUCUUCUGUGGACAAUGUAAAGGCCCCAUUACAGAUACAGACACCUGGGCCCCUAAUAAUGCUCCUAUAUUGGCCUAUGCAGAGGCCCGGGUUGCCAAACAGAUGAUUUAUGGAUUU